UUCUGUUAUUUCCACUUUGAUUGAUGAUAUCAUUUGACAUGUUUGAUCUCAAAACUCACGGGUCGCAGACUUGUGCCUAAAGCCAUCACACAUGGUGGGUAGAGACCAUUUAUGUCUAAUCAUGACCUCAAAUGGGUUAAUGAUGUCAGGAACUGCUCUGAUUCAUAAGUGGGCUACUUAGCUCGAUGUUGUACAGGAUUCUGAUGUAUAGUAUGGUAUUAUAUAGCCAUAUGACGCGACACUGGCGAAUGUUUGUAUGCGAUUAUGCUGCCUAUAUCUCACAACAGGAAACUGGUCGAUUUAUGUUGAUCUAGUCUCCCGGUCAGAAGUUGAAGGUCGGAGAUCUUCCUUUUGCAUGACAGGCUCCUGUGGUUGUUACUUUUUGAACAGUCCGAUUUUGUGCAUCAUGUAAAUCAGCAUCAGGCAAAGUCCAUCCGAUGAUAUCGACUUGAUCAAACAAUGAAACAAGAACACAUUUACCAGUACCAGUAAGCGCAUCAAAGAUUCUAUAGCCAUGGCUUUGGUAGCCACCCCCAUGAUUGGCCCAGAGCUCAUCGCCCCUAGUAUGCCUGCGCCUAGACAGCUCAUUCUUCCACCCUCAAUGCCUGUGAUACAAGAUGUCCAUGAAGAGAAAACCAAGACUGACUCCGUGGUCAAAUUCAGAUGGAACAGGACCUACCUUACACAUUCCAAAGAAGUAUUGUUAGAAGGAGAUUUCCUUGAGGGUAAGCCACUGCCCCUCCGGUGGAAUGACAGAUUAGAGCUCUACGAAUCUGAGCAAACAAAAGUGCCAUGUGAUCACCAUAUUUGUCUGUUGAGAAUCAAUGGCGACCUCCUGCUUCUCGACUCAUUCGAAGUCAACUGUUACACGUUUGAGGUCAACUUGUCACUAAGGGAGGAAUUUGACGUUACCCCUGAGCCAGAGUGCAUAGAAAACAUCGCGGACAGCAUCCAAGCGAAGGCCUCCAGCCUCUCUAUCAGUUCUGCACACAGCAACAUCAGCAUGGAGGACCUGGAUGAGAGCCGGGAUGACGAAAUGACCCACAGCGCAGGGAGUGGCAGUAUCAAAUUAUCGGGACGUUACAAAGACCUCGUGCAGAAACAAAUGCGCAUGAGUGGCAACGAGUCGGAUAGUUCAGAACGGAGUAUGUCACAGCAUGUCAAUGGAAAGUACGAGGAGGUAGGAUAUAGCACAAUGAGUGUCACUAGCACUAGUAGAUUAAAAAGUAGUUUUAGAGGCCAGAGUGAUGGUAUGCUUCAUGCUAGUAGCAAAGGUAUUAGUCUAAGCCAAGAUGCUGAUCGAUUGAGUACCAGUUCGUAUAACCGUCCACCAAGUCGUCGGAGCAAUUUCAGUGAUACCAAAACGGACAGCAGGCUGAGUAACUAUUCGAAAUCAAGUGAACAAGAACUCAAUAGCUAUUUUGAGAACUCGCGGAAAACUACACUGAUGUCUGUUCGGCCGAGUCUACCAGUUUGGGGGACCUCAGAUCGCCCUAGCAGUACGAACAGCAUGCUGUCAGCAACACAGCAAUUUCCGCCGAUUGAUCAUAGAAGUUUGACGCCUGAAAUGCACCACACCUCACAACCGAGUAUAAUGUCACCAUUACGGACAAUGCGUGCUGCUCCAGUGUCGUCAGGGAAUUCAUCGAGGACUGUGACUCCUGUCGUAGCAUAUGAUCCAUUCGAACAUAACUCAGGGGCUUCGCGAUACCAUGAGUUGGAGGAAACGCUAUUAUCGCAGAAACAUACACUCGAUGAUAAAGAGUCUGAGAUCCGGAGUCUCCACAGUGAUGUAUCGGAUCUGAGGUCGGAGAAUAGGAUGUUGAAUAACCAGCUGAGGGAUAUGGAGAGACGUCAGGAGGUCAAUCACAACGGCGAUGACAGUUACAACAGACUGCUGGCAGAGAAAGAAAACCUGGCCACGGAGCUGUACAAGAUGAGGAACCAGAGGAAUCUGAAUGGUCAGAGGAACAGGGACAGCGUGUCUAUCGAUUGCUACGAUCCUGACAACCCAGAAGUUCUAAAGGAAAAACUGGCUGAUCUUCAAAGUCAAGUCCAAGAUUUACAAGAAGCCAGUGAGUCGGCAUCAUCAGAGCUGAAUCGGGCAGAACGGCGAAUUAACGAACUCGUACAAGACAAUGAGAAUCUCCAGACACUAGGCGGUGUUAGUGUUGAGGACAUCCAGGCAGAGAAUCAGUAUCUCAGACAACAGGUUGAGAGACUGAACGAACGUAACAGCAAACUACUGAACGAUUCGGACACAAGGGGACGUGACGAAAUGCAAGCUAUGAGGUCAGACGUACGCACACUCCGUGAUCGCAAUCAGCAAGUCAAUGAAGACAAUAUGCGCCUACGGGAAGAGUUGCGUGAUCUUCGGCAAAGGAGUGAUGAAAGUCUUAGAAAACUUCGCCGUAGUGCACCGUCACCAAAAUUUCAUGAUACAACGACAGGUUCAGGUGGCUACAGAAGUGGUCAUGACGACACAAGUGGACGGUAUAGAGGCGGUUUGGAUGACUUUGUUCCCGGAUACUCGGGCCACACAUCGCCACCAAGGUCUUCUUCAAAAAUAUCAGACCAGAUGUCCCCGACAGACGAACCCAAAAACUAUUCCACUUUGCACACAUACUCACCGCCAACCAAGGACUACCACAAAAGUAUCACGCCAAAAUACUCCCCGCCAAUGCGGGCUGAUCACAGCAUUGGCAAAACGUAUUGUCGGAAAGAUUGCGAUGACGAACAUGAACAGUACAACCCCAUGCUGACCGACCGCAGCGAUUCCACGGCCUAUCUGACAUCCAGCAUGCAUACAAAAGAUUAUAUAGACAAUGAAUUAUCUGAUAAUGAAGUAGAACUGUCUGAUCAAUAUCUGCGACGAACGCGGUCUAAGUCCCCAAGGCCGUCGGAUGGGUUUAAGUCGUCACCAUCGAGUAAUUCCAGGCACAAAGCCUCUCCUAGUUACUAUGUCGAUGAUGUUUCUCCAUCAAGGAAGCAUCGUUAUUCUAAUCACUUCGAUGACGAUACCAGUUCGACCUCGUCCAUCUUGAGUGAGGUUGAGCGUGAGCUGAUGCUGAUAAGUGGAGGAUCAUCGUCACGGAGGCACAACCGAUCACGAUCGUUUGAACCCAAAAAAUCGAGAGGCUCCGCUUCUGAUCGAGAUGCCCGUGUCCUGUCACCAGCUGGGUUCCGCAGCUGUACCCCUCCACCCACCGUCACACAAGCAAAUAAGGCUGCCCUUGGUUUUCCCACAAAGAAAAGUAUUUUGAGUACGACCGGCAAGCGUCCAUUUGCCCCAAGGUCGCCUGGAGACAUACCAAUCGGUGCUGUAGUAAAGUUUUCACGGCAAAACGGCAAGAUUAGCAAAGGGUUGGUGCGGUACAUUGGUCAUCUGCCGGGAAGGCACGACACUUAUCUGGGUUUAGAACUGGAAAAUGAAGCUGGUAAACAUGAUGGAAUGUACAACAAUGAAAGAUAUUUCACAUGUAAACCAAACAAAGGUGUGUUUGUGGUCUUCAAUAAGAUCGUCAUGUGCUGGGCUUGAGGAGGCGGCCAUGUUUGAACAGGCUAUUAGAACAGUAAGAAAGAAUAUAGGUGCAGUUUUGAUAACAUAUUGGAUUCAGAGUCUAAAGCAAACGUGGUGGCACAGCGGUUAGAGUGCUGGACUCCUGACUGAAAGGUUGCGGGUUCGAAUCCCUUCACUUAGUUCUUCCCCUUUAGAGUUCGAAGGCUAAGUGAGUACUUGGGAGCUGCUACUUAGCUUCCCCGGAAGAUUGUGUGAUGACAAAGCAAGGACCUGUCCUAUGAAAAGCGCUGUGUACAAAUCGAACUUCAGGAGUCGCAGUUCUGCUGUGUUAAGGAAUAGUCCUGAGAGAACCCUGGAGACUUCAGCAUUCAGAACCUGUUCCUGUUCGUUUCAAAGCCUGUUGGGAUGAGCACCCCUAUGGAUAUAGAUAUUACAGUCGUUGUUGUACAAAUCUUACUGAUCUUGGCUCAGUUCUCGAUGGCUUGUAAACAGUAUUGUAUAUAUAUUUAUUACAACCCCCCAGGAUUAAAUCAGAUAGAACAUUAGUCUUUAAAGCUUAGCUGGACAAAGUGCUACAUUGAAUGGGCCUGGUGGAUGGUGUGAGAGGUUAUGAAGGAAGUUUGCUGCUGAGUUCUGGACAUGUCUUUAGGGUUGUAUUGUCGUUUGUCUGUUUGCUAAGAAGUUGUUUAGCAGGUGUAGUAGACUACUACACAGAGACUAGAAAUUUUAUGAAUGUUUUACAUUUGUCUAUUUAGAUCAAUUACAAAAUACUUAUGUGAUAGUUUUACGAAAGUCACAGUAUGAAGGUCCAUUACUUAUUUUACGGACACAUUUUUGUGUGUACUAGUUUUAUAAUUUAUCGUAGAUGUUGUGAAUUGGCCAAUGAAGCCAGAGUGGAACAAGAAACCAGCCGUCCCAUAUUUUGUAACAGCGUCUCUUCAAGAGGGUGUUGGCUGCUCUAAUGUCUUGAUGCUAAAUCAUUUUACAGUGUUUCCCGAAAACUAUGCUUUGAAUAGUGAUUUUAAUUCUUGUGUCGAUUUUGGCAUGUCGAGAACAUUUGUAAUGCCUCCAAGUGGUGAUGUGAUAAUGUUAAAAGAGAUUAAUAUUCGAAUGUCUGAUUAUGCUUUUAAUUUAGGUGCUAUUGAAGCAAAUCAGAUUUGUUCAAGAAAAGUUUUGGGCUCUGUCUUGGCAUUAACUUUAACUUGACCCAUCAUACAUCUCCUUCAGUUUGAGCCCAUCGAACUGAAACACCAAGUUGGCAGUUCACGCUUACAUGUAUUUGACGACAAACUUCUUUUGAACAACUGGGCCACGGGUACCAAGUUGUAUUAUGUUACGAUGUGCAUUCCCCUCGCAGAUAUUUUCAUGCAUGAAUAAACCUUCCUAAUAAAAUUUCCAAUAACAUUCCUAUACUGCAUUUACUGCAUAUUUAUUCCGAAUAAAGUAGAACCCCUCUAUUAAGGACACCCUUGGGACUGACAAGUGCUGUCCUUAAUAGAGAGGUGUCCUGAUUUGAGAGGUCAAAUUGAAUGGAAACAACCAGUUUGGGACCAAAACCGGUGUCCUUAAUAGAGAGGUGUCCGCUAAGAGAGGUUCUACUGUAAUAGAUUUCAGUUUAAAUCUCAUCAUGAUCUUGUUUCAGAUAUUUAGAAGAUGAGUAAAAAUAUACAGUAGAACCUCUCUAUUAAGGACACCCUCGGGACUGACAAAUGUUGUCCUUAAUAGAGAGGUGUCCUGAUUAGAGAGGUCAAAUUGAAUGGAAACAGCCAAUUUGGGACCAAAACUAUUGUCCUUAAUAGAGAGGUUGUCCUUGAUAGAGAGGUGUCCGCUUAGGGAGGUUCCACUGUACUUCAAAACUUGCUUUUUUGACAGAAUGUCCAACUUGAGUUCAUUCCACUGGGAGUAGCUAUAGCUCUGUAGGUUAUGAUUCCUGGAGUCAAAUUACGCCAUGUCUCUGCUGCAGUGCUGGUGAAUGUACGAGCUGUGUGUAGGAAUAAAAAAAUAUUUGUAUAUGUCA